ACGGGGCGCGCGCACACACACCACUGCCUCCCCCCCUCUCUCUAGUUAUUUAUCUCGUGCACGCGCACGCGUUGCCCACUUCGCCUCUCGCCCCGAAGAAGGAGGAAGAGAGUGGCACCUCUUCUUCUCUUCGGAGCGCUCCUCUUUCUCCCUUAGCCGGCCAUGGGCUGCUCCAGCAGCGUUCAGACCCACGUCAAGGAAAAAAGCCGCCUCUCUUCCAAGACCCCGGACCUCGACGGGAUGCAGAAAGGCGAUGCCAACUUACCCAUCGCAAAUGAGAAAGACACAAUACCUGACCAGACCAAACUUGGAGCAAUUGGCGAAGUGGAACUUGGGUCUCCUGGAAUAAAGCAAAGUGAGAGCCUGGACAAAGAGGUGGCAGAUAUUUUGAUUCCAGGACUGACAAACUGUGCCCUUUCCACUUGUCAAAGAGUGGAUCCAGAGGGCACAGAGCCACAGCCGUUGGCACUAGAAGAAAAGCUCAGCAUCAGUGGGCCUUUCCCUGCCAGUCUCUUAGAAGCUGGAGAGCCUCGGUCUGUGGACCUAGCAAAAGAAGAGGUCAGUGAGCCUCCAACUGUCCAUGAAGCGGCCAACAUUUUGUCUCCAGAAGCUGGAGAGCCUCGGUCUGUAGAACUAGCAGAAGAAGUGGUCAGUCAGCCUCCAACUGUCCAUGAAGCUGCCAACAUUUUGCCUCCAGAAGCUGGAGAGCCUCAGUCUGUGGAACUAGCAGAAGAAGACAUCAAUGAGCCUCCAACUGUCCACGAAGCUGCCAACAUUUUGCCUCCAGAAGCUGGAGAGCCUCGGUCUGUGGAACUAGUGGAAGAGGAGGUCAGUGAGCUUCCAACUGUCCACGAAGCUGCCAACAUUUUGCCUCCAGAAAUUGUAGAGAACAAUAUGCUUAAACCUGUUGAGUCAUCACAGGAGGACCCACCUGAGCCUGUGGCAGAGGAAAUUGUCAAUCUUGUGACAGAAAUGGUGAAGGAACUAGAAGCGGGUGACGUGGAACUGCUAACUAAGGGUGAGGCAGGAGAAAAGAUGGAAACUGAGAAGCACUGUGAGAUAGUAAGCGAAUGCGCUGAAACAAAAGAAGAAGAAAUGGGAGAAGCUACAGCCUCAGCAGCAACAGAGAUAGAAGUUACUAAUGAAGAGUGACUUGUGGCAUUUGAACGGACUUAAUCUGUGGUUGCACAAAUAAUAAUAAUGCUCCAAUUUGAGAAAACCUGUUUUUAUAACAGUUUAUAUAGACUUACCACAAUAAUCGAGCACAGUGAGAACAUUAUAAGGAUUUUAUUUGAGAAAGUCAAGUUGCCAAGACAUUGCUGAGGAACUGCAAUAUGAAACCUUCAUGUUUGCCAUAGAGUGCCUUCUGCAGACACACAAAUGAAAUCACAUUUCACAAAACAACUUUGCCUUUCAGUAGGAAAAUUAAUGAACAUGAAGGGAAGUCUAGGGUGAAUUAUCAGCAAUAUGAAGCGUAAAAGCUGGUGCGGGUAACAUUAAACAGCACCAAGAAACUGUGCGUCAUCUAAAGAGGGAUAAGGAACAUCAAGUACUAACAGAAACCUUGCAGUCAUGAGUUAUUUAACUGCACAAAUAAAAUUACUCCAUGAAUCUUCACUUUUGUAUACUCUUAGCAGGAUUAGAGAUUUUAUGUUGUUUUAGUACAAUCUAGAGAUAAAUCAAUACCUUCACAUUCUCCAAAGUAACAAAAUAGUCAUUGCAAUCUUCAAAAUACUUGAAGGAAGAGAACUAGUAUGAAUGAUGGUAUUCUACACACUUUCAUAAUUAUUGGCUGGCAGACAAGGAAAUUGCCCUUCAUUGUCAUUGGAAUGUGAUGGCAACUUUUUAAAAAUACUAUUUACAAACCUGUCAUUCAGAGUUUAAGCAAUCAAAACCCUCCUGUUAGUCUGUGUUAUCUGAGUAUUUUCCUUCAGAGGUAGUUAUUGGCAUGGAUGUGAAAUAUGUAUGUAUUCCUUGAAAAUGAUACCAACUCAAGAGUAUUUAUUCAAUGUAUUUUAAUAACAGAAAAAUGAAGCCUUAAAUACGACUUUAAAAAUAGGAUUUAUUGAAGUGCAGAUGUGAGUUGGAACAGAGAUGAAUUUCACAUUCAAACAGAAAGAGUGGCAGCUAUUUAGUAUAUGAAUACAGAACUCUAAACGAGUGAGCUUCAGCAGAACUGAUUUCCACCCAGCUUGUGUCUGAAUCAGGAAAUCUUUGCACUGUAGGCAACACAGUUGGUUCUUAAUCCUCUUUAAAGUGAGAUGUCGCUUCAUCCUUUAUGACAAAGAGUAUAAAUUUAAUUUAAUAUAUUAAUAUAUUUAAUUCAUACCCUGCCCUUUCCUCCAAAAAGCAGAUAAAUACCUCACAUACAUUUUAGUUCCUGUGAAAAUAGACCCACAAACUCAAUAGGAAUUUGCUAAGUUGAGAAUUGUGUAAACAUUGAAUCAAUUAAUCUAUUUGAAUUGGGACCAACAAUUGGAUUUAGACUUUGGGCCUUCUUCAGAUAUGGCUGUCAGUCACUCUCUGUCACCCUAUAUGUUUGUCUUUGAGGUAGGUAGAAAUGUAUGUGGUGGGAAGAGGGAUCUCUACAUGCAAACCUUUAUAAUUUCCUCUGAUUACUCUCAUUUUGGAAUUUAAGGUUCUGUGUUCCAGCUUUUUGAAUUGUUUUUUUAAGGUGCAGGCUAUUUCUCUCGUCUUUGUCAUCUGCUUAUUUGAUAUGCCAUUCCAAUACAUCAGGGUGG